CAGCGCUUUAGCGCUUGUCGAGAAAACACGAAAAUAUAGAAAUCUUUCAAGAAGUCAUAUUUUUCCAGCUUUUCUGCUACAAACCUUGUAAGGGUUCGCUUCUCACGUUUUUUGAAGGCGUUUCUUUGAACCGAGCCACCUCUUGCGUGGAAGACGACGAAGUGAAUCACGAUGGAAGGCGAAAUUACGAGGACGAACGAAGAAUACACGCUCGCCGAACACGAAGUUGCUCAGCAAAUCGAUAUCUCCGAUUCUAUUCCGAGCGAACACGAAGCCGUUGCAGAGGUUUACCAAAACACAACAGAAAGUAGCGAAGAAAGCCAACAAGCUGCGAUACAAGUAGCUAAUACACGUUUUACUUUUCCCGCUUCGACAAGUACUGUAACUCUUUCCACGAGUGCGGAUGGCAGCCAACCACCAGCCGUUCUGCACGUCCAACAAAUUCCCUCUAGUUUGGGGCCUAUUCAAAGUGAAGCUUUGCGUGUUGCAGGCCUCGAAGCAGCAGCAUCCCUGUCUCAAAUCUCACAAGGAAUAUUGCAAGCAGAGGAAGGGUAUAAAACACCUGAUGCAGGAGUCACAGUCAAUGUCCCAGUAAGUCAAGCUGCUCAGGCUAGGGCAAAAUGGCAAGAGGCAAUGAACAGUGACAUCUUGAUUAUCCGAUGUCGUGAAGAAGUUGGUGAAAUGCAUAAAAAUAAGCUUGGUUCUGGAGGAAGAGGAAAGUGUAUCAAGCAUAAUGGCAAUUGGUACACCCCGAGUGAAUUUGAAGCACUCUGUGGCCGUGCCUCGUCAAAGGAUUGGAAACGCAGUAUUCGCUAUGGUGGUCGAACCUUGCAGUGUUUAAUUGAAGAGGGUAUUAUCAUGCCUCAUGCUCUCUCGUGUACUUGUUCCACGUGCUGUGAUGAUAACACACUAGCAGGUCCUGUCCGCCUCUUUGUUCCUUACAAGAGAAAGAAGCGAGAGUCGUCGGACAGCCCUUUGAGCAAGAAAAGACUUUCUCUUGGAAUGCCAGCGAGAUCUAUGAGUGUUGAUUCAGCAUGUUCCACACCAGGACCUCUCACAGGAGAUGAUACUGUCACAGUAGACGGAGCAGAUCUCAGUACUUUGUCCGCUAUCUCAACUGGUUCUGUGUCUGUUGUCCCCGUUGGAUUUCAAACGACAACAGCACAAAGUAUGUCUUCUUCAGAUCUUCAAAAACAAUGGUGGCAUCUUGAAGAGACGGUGAACAAUGUAAUCACAACAGCCCAGCAGUUAAGAAACAUGUUAACUCAUGUAAAAAUGCAAGUGGAAAGUGUACGAGAUAAUGCUGUCGCACAGGCCAAACUACAUGCAGAAGCUGAGAAGAAAGAGGUGUUAGCACAAACACGUAUGAACUCACUGAUGCAACUAUCACGAGCGUUGAUGGAAGCCAAACAAGAAAAAGAAAAUGCUGUAGCUCAAGCUCUGAUUGAAGCUAAGACUGAACGUCUGGAGACUGCCGCUGAUGCCAAACAACAAGAAUUACUUAAGGAAAUUCACGUUAUUCAAGUGGAACAGAACAACGGCAUUGAAGAAGAAGAAGAGGAAGUGGUAGUUGCUCCACAACAGCAGUGACGUCAUUCUUGCCGUUACCAUGGCAUCCAUAGCUUGUGAUCAGUUUUAUAAUUGUUGAAAUCCUAACUGUACUAGAUCAUGUUCAACCUCACUUAGUUUGAAACUUAUUUAUAGACAAUAGCUUAGCUAAUGUUUCCGCAAACGAUUUUAAACGGUUGGUCGACUGUGAAUACGCAAUUCUCACAGUCUUGGUUUUCAUGUUAACUAAUGUUUUGCUGGAUUUUGCAACCGUCACUUGGUUUCGUGUUAACAUGGAUUUUAAAAUAUCCAUUGUUUUUAAAAUUCAUGCUGUUUUGAAAUGACGCAUUGGUUGACUUUUGUAAUAUCAUUGCAUUACGCCACUGAUAUUUUGUAAAUAGAUUAUAUUUACUUUACGCAUGCGUGUAAUUUGUACCUUAUUAAUUUUUUAUCAUCUCUAACUUAUAAUAAUCCGACAUUGUAAUAUCACUUCAGCUGAAAGAGAGAAAAUUAGAAUAAAAGUCGAUUUCUGAUUUUGACAAGAAUGACCACCGCGCAAG